CUGGAAAAAGUAUUCGAUUUUAAAUCAGUCUCUUUAACGAUUUACUGCGAUAGUGGUGGUUUUCGUUUGUAUAUAUGCGUAAAAUAGAUCCUGAUAUAUAUACGCUGGGGAUUAUAGUAAUAAUUGUGUGAAACCGACGAUAGUAAACCGGUUUAAAUGAAGAGUGAUCUAUCGGGAUCGGAAAGGCCUCUGAAUCUCAUCCCCGUUAGCUCACAGGAAAAAAAACAAACGAGAAAUCGUCGCCUGCUUCCUUUGGGAGUUCGAGCCCUGUUGGCUCAUUGUCCUCAGAGGAUCAUGACUUUGAUCCAACAGCUGAGAUGUUAAUUCAUGAGUAUGACGAUGAGAGAACUUUGGAGGAGGAAGAGCUUGUGGAGGGAGAGAAGAAUUUCAGUGCAGAAUUGUCAGACCUGGAGAGGGAGGGGAACAUGCCAAUCGAGGAGUUGUUGGCUCUGUAUCGUUAUGAGGAGUCAGUCAGUACGGGGGCGGGAUCUAGCAUGGACAGUUCCUCUGUUGAACUAGCUGAUGAUCUGCCUGACAUGACCCUGGAUAAGGAGGAGAUAGCGAAAGAUCUCUUGUCAGGAGAUUAUGAGGAGGAGACCCAGUCCUCUGCUGAUGACCUGACCCCUUCUGUUACCUCCCACGAGGCCACAGACUUCUUCCCUAGAACACUCAGAUCGAACGCAACAUAUGAUGGUGAUAAAGAAUCUGAAGGGGAGGAGGACGGUGUAAGUAGUGAAGAUUCUAGAAAGGAAAUAAUGGUCGGAUCUCAGUAUCAAGCAGAAGUUCCAGUGGGGCUCAGCCACUAUAAUGAUGAUGAAAAAGUGUACGAGGAGGAAGAUCAGCUGCUGUGGUGUCCUGACGUACUGUCAGAGUGUAAAGUGAAAGACUACCUCAGAGAAGCGCUGUCACAGUCUACAGACGACAGUACAGAAAAUUACACAUGUGAACACAUACGAGAUAACGAACAGGCCUUGUUUGAGCUUUUGAAAUGUAAUUACGACACCCGUGAGUCACUGACGCGAUACCGCAGUAAUGUGAAGACUUUGAAAGAAGAAUCCCCACCGUGGUCAGAGGAUGAAUGUAGAAACUUUGAACAUGCGCUGCAGAUUUAUGAGAAAAACUUCCAUCUUAUUCAGAAACACAAGGUUCAGACCCGGACUGUAGCAGAAUGUGUGGCUUUUUAUUAUAUGUGGAAAAAGUCCGAACGUUUUGAUUACUUUGCUCAACAGAACCGAUUUGGCAAAAAGAAGUACAGUUGUUACCCGGGUGUGACAGACCUGAUGGACAGACUGGUGGAUGAGGCGGAGGGUCUGGCGGUGGACAGCUCGUCAUCGGUGUGUUCAGCAGGAGCUGGGGGACGGAUGGAGGCAUCGGCAGAGCAACAGCUCGGACUGCUCAACUCCAUCACUGCCAGUGACCUCACAGCCAUUAGUAACAGCGUAGCAACUGUGUGCAAUGGUCCAGGAGACAUAAGCUGUUUAGACUCCCCGUACUUCCCCCCUCUGGAGAGUUUACACCGAGGAGCCCUGAACCAUGAUGAUCAGCUCAGCUACGCUACAAACGGAGACAGCGGCUGCCUCAACAUGCUGGAUUCGGGCUUCUACCGCUCAGACCUGGGCCAGAUCAGCAUGUGCAGCACCAAAGACUGCGAACGGCCCUCCAAGAGGCUCAAGAUGGGCCUUUCGGAGUCCUUCAUCAAUGACGUGUCUGUUACUAACCUGGACUUUGAGGGCAGACGCGCACAUCGCAUUACAGGCGCUACAAUGGCGGUGUCGGUCACAGACUUCAGCAGCAUAGGGAGCAGCGAAACUAACGGUUUUCUCGGCUCUCAUUCACGACACCACCAACACACUGCACUUCAGUCCGACUGACUCCCCUCUGCCAUCCAGACACGCAUUUAUCCGCUCACUGACUAUUAGUUCUUUUUUAAAUUAAAAAAAAAAAAUCUAUAUAUAUAUAUAUGAAUAUACUUUUGGUCGUUAUUUUAAUUUUUUUUGUUUUUGUAAUAUGACAUCAGUGAUGUCUUUAUUGUACAGAGCUAAGAAAUCUUGAUUUCUCAAGAGUUUAAAUAGCCAUUUAUUUUUCUGGUCCUUCAGAUAUUUAAUAUCCUUUUUGUUUUCGGUGAUAUACAGUUAAACCUAAAUGCUGGAGCAGAGAGCCGUGGUCUCUUACUGUACUCAUCCCGACACCUGCAUCUUUAAGUUUUACUGUCUCACAAAGUCGUCGCUGCCACCGAAACUGCAUUUUUCUUUGAUGAUGUUUUAGGAUUUUUCAUGUAUGUGUGUAUGUUUCAAAACUUGGUACUUUUUUCAGUGUUUACACCACCCAAGAUAGACUAAGCCUUGGGAAAUGUAGCAUUUUGUAUAUCAGGAAACUGGCUUUGUAAUUGAAAAUAGUGAUUUCUUUGGAGCAAAAGAUUUUUGUUUAAACAAGGAGCACUUCUAGUUGCUAAGAUGUUUUGGCCUCAAUUUUUUUUUUUAAGGAAUCCUUGAGAUAUCCAUGUUUUUUAUUAUCCAAAUGAGGUUUUGGAUCUCGUUAUUGGUUGGUGUUUAUUGUGGUAAUCCGAACAUUUAAUAACUCGUUUUUUGGGGGGGUUUGAUGCUUUUUCUCCUAUUUUUAACCCCCUUUUAUAUUUUAGCAUGACUGAAAUGAACACAGAUUAAAUCUUUCUCAACUGCGCACUGUAAAAAAAUGUAGAUUUUCCAGUCCCCUAGUUUUCUUUUUGCCCAAGAUUUGGCACUCAAAUAAUAAUGUAAGCUUCAAUAUCAUUAUAUUAGACAGUUUGGCUCUAUAGGGCAGUCAUCUGCACUUGACAGUAUUAUCAUUAGUUGUGUAUAAAUAUUAGACUGUGAGAAGUGAUGUUUAUGAUUCCCCUUUGAGCUUAUGAAGCUAUUUAAAUGCUACUCAUUACUUUCGCAAGUUAUUUUUUAUUUAAUUUUUUUUACAAAUCAUCAGUAACUUCUGCUGGUGUUCUAAACUGCAGGCGCUUUAGUACCGAUUAAACCAGUGUUAUUUUUAUUUUCAGCUAUGCAUUAUGUAUAUUUUGUAGCUGCCUGGGGUAGUGAAAACACCUGAAUGUUAAUUGAGCUAAUUGUUAAUCACUCUUUACCUCUCUUUAUGUUAAGCUUACUGUCUUAAGUUCUUUACCAUUUUUGUAUAUUGUAUGCAUGAAGCAGAUUGGACUCUUGUUGAUCCUUUUGACAUAUUUCAAGCUGAUUAAUAUUAAUUGCCAAAAAGCAGUCAGCUUGCCGCACUGUAUCAAAACCGAUACUGCCUCUGAGCUGGAGUCCUUCCUGCUAUUUGCAUUUUAAAACAAUUUACCAUAGAAUAAUUUGUAUACUAAAAGCCCUGACUUUGAUUAGGGUAAUGCAGAAUGCUGAAAAAACGGUCUUAUGGCAAUAAUAUGUAGAUAUGUAUAGAUUGUUGUACUUCUAAGUCUUACAAUAUUCAUAGCUUAUUUUCAUUUUUUUUGUUUACUGCAGUAAGAGACGUCAAAAAGAUGCGUGCUGAUGGUGGUCAUUUGCCAAAAAAAUAUACCACAGCAUUUUCUUUUUUUUUUGGAAAAUGGUAGAAAUGGAAAUAAUUUGUGGACACGCCCAUUUAAACUCAUUUGUUCAUCUCUUUGCUCAGUAGACUGAGGAGUUUAAUUUGUUGACCGUGAUUCUUACUCCUGAUACUUAACGGCUGCUAUUAGUAAUGUGAAGAGUCUAUUUUCUAUUGAAUGCACUGCAGUUGCAAUUAUAAGUUGAGUUGAAAAUCUUGUGCAUCUACAUUAAUACAUAGAGAAGUACAUGUUAGUAGCUGCGAAUACAGACAAUGAUCAAAAUGGAUCCGUAGAUGCCAUUAUUCCUUGACAGGGGUUAGAAAGCACUACAAAGAGUUUAUCUCUGUCAGUUUUUUGUUCAGAAUGUUUUCAGUAUCUGUACAUCCAGCAGAGAACUUUAUCAUGCUCAACAUAAAACAAAUGUAGUACUUGGUGCUCAUAUAAAAAGUUUUUAUUUUCAUACUUUUAAGUGUCUGUGCUCCUACUAUUAUGUAUUAGUACUUUUUAUAAAUGACGCAGUGAAUUUCAGAGUUGCUGAAGUACAUUUAUCCCCAAAUAUUUGCAGAUUGUUUCAAUUUAAAGACAAACUAAAAUAACAGAAUGUACAGGUUGUUUUGACCUAUAGAAUUAAACAUUUUACAGCUUAAAAAUAUUGAGAGAAGUUUGGUAAAUUGUCCUCAGUGGAUUUGGGUGUGUGUGUGUUUUAUAUAUUUAAUUUAGAAUUUUAAAAGAAUUAUUAAAUAGAGGUUUUUGCAUUCAACAGCGGAGGGGAGGACAGUGGUAAAAAUUUGUGAAUAAAACCAACAAAUCCUAUAAAUGUAUAUCCAUAUAUACAGACAAUCAUAAUUAAUUACAGAAUUAUUCAGAUAUCUCUAUUGUUUAUAAAAUAUGUACAUAUAAUUGUAUUGCUUUUUGUUUGGUUUUUCAUUAUUUUGUAUUUUUGUUGUACUUUAUUACUUGGUGUAAAAAGCUCCAGAAAUAAAAGCUCUGGAAACAAAU